GCAGCGCACACAGCUCGCCCAGACAGCCCAGACCCAGCUGAUACACAAGUGUUCCACCCAAGUGCUCCAGUGCCGCGAGAGAGCCUUUAGUCCUUUCACCGAAACAGCAAAAUAGCGAAAUGUCGACGAUUAACCUGCAUCCCCCCCAAACAUACUCGCGCCUUUUCCGUCCUUGGGAUACGCAGCGCCAGGCAGCCGCCUCAGCGCCCAGGACGGUGAAGCAGGAGACCGAGACCAUCACCAUCAAGACGGAGCUGCCCAGUACCAGUUUCGUCCACGACUGCGACCGGGACUUCUCGUCCGCCUCCUCCUCGUCGUCGAGCAGCAGCAAUAGCAGCAAAUCCUGCUACGAGGACCCCCUGAACCACAGCAGCUACACCCGCACCUCCACCCCGCUGCUGGAUGCCACUCCGAAUCCCGUCUUUCCCCACCCCCACCCGUCGCCCUCGGACCAGACCACCGCCAGCAAUGUCUCGUUGGCGCCGCCGCAGCAGCUCGCUCCGUUUCUGCCGGCCGGCGAUCUCUACUACGCCGCCGCCGCCGCAGCUGCCGCCGUUGCCACCACGCCCACGGCUUCCUCCGGCUUCGGGAUGGAUCCCUUCACGCUGGGCCUGAUGGAGCAGGAGUACGCCCGUGUCAUGGCCGAGGACGCGCAGCUCAAGGCGCUCAACGCCCGCAAGCAGCGCCCGAAGAAGUUCAAGUGCCCCCACUGCGACGUGGCCUUCUCCAACAACGGCCAGCUGAAAGGCCACAUCCGCAUCCACACCGGCGAACGCCCCUUCAAGUGCGACGUGGACACCUGCGGCAAGACCUUCACGAGAAACGAGGAGCUGACGCGCCACAAGCGAAUCCACACAGGACUGCGACCGUAUCCUUGCAGUGCCUGCGGGAAGAAGUUCGGGCGCCGCGACCACCUGAAGAAGCACAUGAAGACGCACAUGCCGCAGGAGCGCCAGCUGGGCCCGGCCAUCUUCGUACCCAUGUAUCCCUACCUAUAUGGCUACUGAAGGGCAACCCUGGCUCCUGGCUCCAUCGCCUUCCGCCCCUCCUGCGAUCUGUGAAGCGCUUGCACGCGUUAAACAAGCACAACCGAAUCCAUCGAAACUCAAUGCCGGCCAAUAUUGCAUAGCCAAUCUUGGACAGAACUACCUCAGCCGUACCUGGCGCAAUCGAACGCGCUCACCAAACUCAAUCAACGCUAGCUAUCUCCGAGACCCCCGACGAUAUAUGCAAAUAUUGAGAUAUUUAUUUUUUAACGCAUAUUUACACUUCCAGCUACGUGACUAGAAAUCCCACACAUGUGUAAAUACCUCCUUAAGUGAUCCUUUCUUAUAUGCUAAGCGAUUAAGAGAUUUAAGAGAUACCCCCUUUGUAUGUGCGCAUGCAAAGAGUCUAUAUUACAACUAAGAUGAUAUUUAAAAAGUUUUAUAAACUGAUCGCGGUUACUAGAAAUAUACCAUUUAUACCUUGAUAUUUUACGAACAUA